AUGGCAUCUGAACUUCCUCCCAACGCCCUUGGCAAAUUGGCCUCAUCCGUCAAGAACAUCGUGACAGGUGUUCCAUUGGAAGAUCAAAACGAAACCAAUGCCCCAGCCACCAAGCAAGUCGACAGGAGCCUCGACAAGACUGUUGACAAGACCGUUGAGACAACUGACGAUGCCACCAUUCACAAGGAGAAGCAAGCUCCCGUUGUGCACGAAGACGUCAAGUCUCACGAGCAUGAGAAGGUUGAUACUGAAGUCGAUCACGAGGUCCACCAGGACCAUUACCAUACCACCAUCCAGCCAGUCAAGGACAAGAAUGUCCUGCCCACUAAGCAUGUCUAUGAGGAGAAUGAAGUCGAAGAGGAGAUCGACCACCGCAAUAACGAGGCUAAGAUGAAGGCCAAGGAAGAAGCUGCUAGGAUCAAGAACGAGAAGAACGUUGAGGACACUACUCACUCAAGAGAGUAUGCUCCCACGAAGGAGCAUGAGCACAUUCACCACCAUCUCCACGAGAAUAUUCAGCCCGUGAUCGAGAGAGAAACCGUCCAACAGAAGGUCAUCCACACUACAAAUCACAUCCACGAGAAGGAGCAACUCAACGACGAGUACCACGAGGCCACUGUUGCUCCCACAAUCUCCCUGGACGAGUUCAAGAACGGCGGUGCCAAGACUGGAACUACUGUCACCAAGGACAUUGAGAUGCCAGUCUCUGGCGUCAAGGCCACAGCAAAGAAGAGGGAAGCUCUCGGAGACGUGGAUGUCGAGGAAGCUUCCAAAGUUGCUCGAUGGAUGGAAUGCUUGAUCAAAAAGUUUUCAAGUCUCAGCGAGUUCCUUCCGUUACCAAGGACCAUGGUCAAGGUUGCGAUUGGAAGUUCUACUCAUAUGGGAAGCACAAUGCUGUUUCUGGAAAGCGACCUUCAAGGCGGUUGCUUCAUCAUUCCAACAAGUAUCCCAUAUCCUACUUCCGAGCUCGUCGAUAUGAUCGACAAUCAUGGGCUCACACGACUCGACAUGUUUCCGGUCUUCUUGUCGCAGCUCUUCCGCCAAGCGCGCCAUGACCCAUUGCUCUUCAGGAGUUUUUGCCUUCUAGACCAUAUAGCAUACGGGGGUUACCAGCUCGAUCCUUGUGAAGAGGCUUGGGCCCAUGGUCAUAAUUUCUAUGUUAUAAGUGCCUUUGGGUCUACUGAAGUGGGACUGAAUCUCAUUUCCUAUGGGGCCCAGGAGGCCGCACUGGGGCCGGUUUCACUGUCGGUAUUCGAAUUUGUCUCUGUUGGCGAUGAUCAAAAUGCUCAAGAACAUCUAGUCGAGCUUGUUGUCCCCCCUGAGUCCCCUGACUGUCCUCACUAUAGUCUGAGAGAUGCGACGUAUGGCAAGUUUCACACUGGCGAUCUAUUCUUAGAGAUCGCGCUUGGAGAAUAUGCCUUCAGAGGCCGCGAUGAUGAUUGGAUCAAGAUGGAAAUGGCUUUGCGGUGCGAUGCCAACUCAAUCGAGGUUGACGCUCUGCGAUGCUGUGGAGACGACCUGAUUCACGCUGUUGUCGCAAUUGGCGUCGAGCAUCCUUCGCCAGCCAUUGUCCUUGAGCCUAAGCACGAUGAUGUCCGGGAGUCCACAGAGAAGACACGAGAGCUUCGGCUCAAGGUUCUGCAGCGAAUUACUCCAUUCCACCGGCGAUGA